GACAACAUGUGCAAUAUCUCUUAUAGUUUUUAUUAAUUUUUUACCUCAAAUUGUGUAGCAGUGUUAACUGCCACUACCAUUUCUUCUCCACAGGCAGAGGAACUGAGGCACUAAUACCUUGAGACCUUCAGUUUUAUGCUUUCUUGACUUGCUAAACAGUAGCCCAAUUCUUCAGGACUUCCAGCAGUGUGAAAUGUAAUCAGUGUGUUGGUGCAUUUUGGUACUGGAAUGAUGACUACUGCAGAAGUUGUCAAGAAGAAGGAAAAUUACGCUAGUGUGCAUGAAGCAGUGAAAGCUGGGGAUGUAGAACAGCUUGCAUCGAUGAUAAAAAGUGGAGCCAGCAUUAAUGAGGUGGAUGUAGUUCACAAAUUCACACCCUUGCAGUGUGCUGCCCACUCGGGAAGUCUGGAGUGCCUGCAGUGGCUGCUCUGGCACGGCGCUGACCCCGCGCGUGUGACGGCGAGAGGCUGGACUGCGGCUCACCUGGCGGCCAUCCGCGGGCAGGACGCCUGCGUGCAGGCGCUGUUAGUGAGCGGAGAGGACGCGGCAGCUCGGGACGAGCGCGGCUGCACGGCCUCGCACCUGGCUGCGGCCCACGGGCACUCGUACACGCUGCAGAGCCUGCUGCGCACCGGGGCGGAUGUAAAUGUUUCAGACAGGAAUGACUGGAAACCUGUUCAUUAUGCUGCUUUUCACGGUCGCUUGGGGUGUUUGCAGCUUCUUGUUCGAUGGGGAGCGUGUGUAGAUGAUGUGGAUAACAAUGGAAACCUUCCAGCACAUCUGGCAGCAGUGGAAGGACACUUGCAUUGCUUUAAGUUCUUGCUCAGGAAAAUGGCCAGUGUUACACACACUCUGAAAGCCAGGAAUGACCAUGGAGAGACUCCAAGGGACUUGGCUGAACGGUUCUACAAAGAUAAUAUUCUGCAAUAUAUCGAUGAUGUGGAAAAAGAGGAGGAACAUCCAGAGACACAGGAAGUUUUAGCUUUCCCAGCUCAUGAUGCUGCUUUCAAUGGGGACUUACUAGUGGUUAGAAGCCUAGUGAGAAGUGGAGUAAUCAACAUUAAUGAGCGGGACGAUAAGGGAUCCACUCUCCUGCACAAAGCUGCUGAACAGGGGCAUAUCCAUUGCUUACAGUGGUUGGUUGAAAUGGGAGCUGACUGUGACAUUACCAAUGAUGCUGGAGAGACUCCAAAGGAUGUAGCCAAGAGAUUUGGCCAUCUGGCAGCUGUGGAACUGUUGACACCAAGAACUGGAAACAGUAACUCUAGUGAUGAAGAACUAGAUGCAAACAACAUCAAGUUUUUUGAAACACAUGGUGUGGAAGGGAGUACAGAUAGCAAAGAAGAUUUAACUCUGGAUGAAGCAGAGAAAAGGAAUGCACGUGUAAGGGCCUAUCACAAGAUUAAAGAACUUCAGAGACUUCUAGAAAUUGCCUACAGCAACUACAGACAGCUGGGGGGAGUAACUGAAGAGGAGAAGAAGAUGAGAAAAGAAGAAAGGAAAGUUGAGAAGGCUGUGAGGGAGCUGGAGGCGCAGCUGGAGUAUGAGCGAGUCAGGCGGGAGAAGCUGGAGAGCCAGCUGGAUGAUUACCGUGCUGAGAUAAACCGGCUCCGAGAGGCCCGGGGCAAAACCCGCACCGCCUCCGUGGAAGCUGAGACAAUGGCCAAGUCUUGCAAAGACGAAAAUAAAGAAGCAGCCAGCCUGCAGCCCAGGAGGAGUGCGACUACUCUGAGGAACGAACCUCCAAGGAGGGGCAGCAGACUGGAGAAGAAAUCAGCUGCAAACAGAUGGAGGAAUUAACAACUGUAGAGCAGAGCCUCCUGACCCUCCCAGAUUGCUGCAGGUGUGACAGAACAAUUCCAGAAGCCAAUGGCUUGUCUCAGCAGUGCUGAGAUGGGAGGCCCAAUGCAGCAGCCUGAGGAGCCACGUUUCCAGGGACACAUCCCAACACCUAUGCUGGAUGCCUCAGAGCACCACAGGCUACAGGGACUUGUGCUACUGUCACCCAGCUCCUGAAACUGCACUGCAGAGAGCUGGCUGCACAAGGCUCACGUUAGACAUCCCAGAUUUCCCAUGGAACCAAAAGGACAAUGAAUUUGAAGAUGAGUUGUCAAACACGACAGCACUCCUGAAACCUGACAAGUUGUCUUUUGGAUUUGUUACACUGCUGUUUCAAUUAUUGUUAGAAUAAAGCUAAUUACAUUUGCCUUUCAA